UCAUACCCCCUUCUGACCCGCCUCCAUGUCUGCAUCAAAUCUACCCUUCUUUUCCUUCAUGUUCUUCCCUCACCGCCCCUUUUCUACCUUAUUUAAUCCUCAUUCUUGCUUGUUUCUCUGCACACCCAUUUCCUCUGUUUCUCAGAUUUCAGCUCUUUUUGUGUUCUUGUUCUUGUUCUUGUUCUUGUCUCUUUUUCUUGCUAAACCUUCUUUGAAUCGGUUUGUACUCUCUCUCUAAGCCAUUGAAUCAUGUAAUUUCUUUGCCAUUUCCUUGUUUUGAGCUUGAGUUUUCAAAGCCCUUUUUGUUAAUCAUCAAUGCCAUUAAGAACCCCAUAAGUUGAAGCUUAGUUUUUCAGAGAUUUUGAAGUGAAAAGAGGAUUACCCAUAUUGAGUCUAUGGAGGAAAAUUUCGUUCCAUUUCGUGGAAUCAAGAAGGACCUUAAAGGGAGGUUGCUCUGCUACAAACAAGACUGGACUGGUGGAUUCAGAGCUGGAUAUAGGAUUUUGGCUCCCACUACUUACAUAUUCUUUGCCUCUGCUAUUCCUGUCAUUUCAUUUGGUGAACAAUUGGAGAGAAGUACUGAUGGGGUGUUGACUGCUGUUCAAACCUUAGCCUCCACAGCUCUUUGUGGCAUCAUUCACUCCAUUGUUGGAGGUCAACCUUUGUUAAUCUUGGGAGUAGCUGAGCCUACUGUUAUUAUGUACACCUUCAUGUUCAAUUUCGCGAAGGAACGACCCGAGUUGGGUCGGAAUCUGUUUCUAGCAUGGAGUGGAUGGGUGUGUGUUUGGACUGCAGCCUUGCUGUUCUUAAUGGCUAUAUUAGGAGCAUGUUCCAUCAUCAAUCGGUUCACUCGUCUCGCCGGUGAAUUGUUCGGUUUGCUUAUCGCGAUGCUUUUCAUGCAGGAAGCGGUGAAAGGACUUGUGGAUGAGUUUCGUAUCCCGGAACGAGAAAAUCCGAAGUUGAUCGAGUUUAUACCUUCGUGGAGGUUUGCCAAUGGGAUGUUUGCUUUGGUACUGUCGUUUGGCCUUCUACUCACUGCGUUAAGGAGUCGAAAAGCUCGGUCGUGGCGAUAUGGAUCUGGUUGGCUCAGAAGCUUGAUAGCAGACUAUGGAGUGCCGCUCAUGGUUCUUGUUUGGACAGGUAUAUCCUUCAUUUCGUCGAAAAAUGUCCCACAAGGUAUCCCGAGACGACUCUUCAGCCCGAAUCCAUGGUCUCCCGGUGCGUACGAGAAUUGGACUGUUAUUAAGGAUAUGCUCGACGUUCCAGUCCUUUAUAUCUGUGGAGCGUUCAUCCCGGCUACGAUGAUUGCGGUGCUUUACUAUUUCGACCAUAGUGUUGCAUCUCAACUUGCUCAGCAGAAAGAGUUUAAUUUGAGGAAGCCAUCUUCUUACCAUUAUGAUUUACUUCUCUUGGGAUUUUUGACCUUAAUAUGUGGCCUUCUUGGAAUUCCUCCUUCUAAUGGAGUCAUCCCACAAUCUCCGAUGCAUACGAAGAGCCUAGCUACUCUCAAACACCAGUUGCUGCGGAAUAAACUUGUAAAAACGACACGGUGUAGUAUGAGAAAGAAUGCUAGCUUGGGACAAUUAUAUGGAAGUAUGCAAGAAGCAUAUCAUCAAAUGCAGACCCCCCUGAUCUACCAACAGCCCGCAUCUCGUGGACUGAAUGAGCUAAAAGAAACAACGAUUCUCGCAGCUUCUAGUAUGGGCAGUUUCGAUGCUCCGGUCGAUGAGACGGUAUUCGACAUUGAAAAGGAAAUCGAUGAUCUAUUGCCUGUCGAGGUGAAAGAACAGCGUGUCAGUAAUUUGCUUCAAGCUGCAAUGGUGGGAGGAUGCGUUGCAGCCAUGCCGGUCCUGAAAAAGAUCCCGACCUCGGUUCUAUGGGGUUACUUCGCGUUUAUGGCCAUCGAAAGCUUGCCUGGUAACCAGUUUUGGGAAAGAAUCUUGUUGCUCUUCACUGCACCCAGUAGAAGAUACAAAGUUCUUGAGGAUUACCAUGCGACAUUCGUCGAAACCGUGCCAUUCAAAUCCAUUGUACUUUUUACCAUUUUCCAAAUUGUAUAUUUGUUCAUAUGUUUUGGACUAACAUGGGUUCCGAUCGCCGGGGUCAUGUUUCCUUUGAUGAUCAUGCUCCUCGUCCCGGUGCGACAAUACCUUCUUCCCAAGUUCUUCAAAGGUGCACAUCUCCAAGAUCUCGAUGCAGCUGAGUACGAAGAAGCAUCGGCUUUACCGUUCAACCUUGCUACGGAAGCCGAGCUGGGAGCUGGAGCCUCAUUUGGUGGCGAUGGGGAGAUUUUAGACGAUGUUAUCACUCGAAGCCGUGGCGAAUUUAGGCAUAUUAGUAGUCCUAAGAUCACAAGCUCCAUGGCAUCACCAAGAUGUGAGCGAAAGAGUUUUGAGAGCCCUCGGGUGAGCGAGCUAAGAGGAGUGCAGAGUCCUCGAGCCGGGGGACGAGGGACACCAUCGUCCGGUCUGGGAAAGAGCCCUCUUAAGAACACAGCAUCAAAGUAGAUGCAGAAAGGCUUGGUGUGAUAAGAAGUUUUAGAUAAGUUUGAUAUGAUAUUGUUAAUUUGCAUUUGUGUAUAGUCUUCUUGUUCUUGGUUUGUUCUUCCUCUUUCCAACAACACAUCUCUUCAUAAAAUUUUAGCUUUUUGUUAG